AUGGUACCAGCACCAGUCGUCAAUCUUUUCAUUGCCUAUUUUUUAUUAUUCAUUCACUUUGUUUUUGGUGUGGAUGAAGUGGCUACAUCGAAUCCUAUUCGUUUAACUAUAACUCCACAUUUUGGUGAUAUAAUGAAUGAUAUUGAAUUAGAAUGUCGUGUAUUGUCUAAUGUGGGUUUAACUGAAAAUCUUUAUAUUCGAUGUUUAACGGAUCAAGUUCGACCAAGUGGUAUUUUAUUAAAGUAUGAGAGCGAUAAUAAUAAAUGUACAUUGCCACACAAAUUUUGGAAUAAUAGUCAUUUAAGCGUAUGUAAUAAAACAUUAAUUAGAAUGAAAAUUAAUUUUACAACAACAGAUCCAAGUAUUUUGUAUGUUACAUAUGAAUGUCGAAUAGGAAACGAUUAUUAUGAUAAACAAACAUAUAGACUUAUAACAUCCGACAAUUCUCGAUUAUAUGAACCGUCUCAGAAAUCAUUAUUUUCCUCGUCACAUUUGUUGUUAUUAUCCAAUUAUAAGUUGCUAUUUAUUAGUUAUGUGAUAUUAUCGUUCUCAUUGAAUAAUUUGGUAUAG